UGAUCCGCUAUCAUCUCCCAGAAACCCUUCCUUUCCUAACCCAGUUGAACGGUCCCCCAGCGUAGCUAGCCUUGCCUCCGGUCGUUCUUGACGUCCUCGGCUUGACGCUGUCCAAUGGUUUCUGACACUGCUCGUAUAACCGAUCUGCCGCUUGAAGUAUUAGAGCACAUUCUGGUGAUUUUGGAUCCUCUUGAUGUCGCAAGUACAGCCCAAGUAUGUCAACUCUUCCGCGGGCUCGUCUACUCUGCCGAUGAUGAGCAUUUCUGGCGAGCUCUUUACUUGGCGCAAUCAUUUGAUGACCCCCGUCAAGCGGUCACAUACCUCGGCAAUCGCCGGACUGACAUCAAAUGGAGGGAGGAACUACAAAACAUCAUCCGCGCGAGGACAGUCGUGAAUGAUGUUACUGUCUGUCGACCAGAUGAAAGAUGUCAGGUACUACGAACCCUGCUUGACAUGGUGACGAAUUUACCGCCUCUACCUUUCCCUGAGAGCGAGCCGACGUCCCGUAAUGUGGUGUGGAUGCAGACGCUCCUGCAGGACGGCGAGUUCCUUGAUCUGGAGAGCCAUUCCCAUGAAGAAGAACAGCUGCGCGCACGCCUGCACACAUGGUUUGGGUUGACUGACAGAGACGCUUUGGCAACGAAGAGAGUGGUUUCCCGAGCGUAUGUUUACAGCCAGCGCAACUACCUGCCGUCAAACAGCUUUGGGCCUUUUAUGCGAGAUGGGAGUGGGGUGGUCAAUUGGGUGCAUAUGCAGAAGCUCGCACAUGUCUUCGCUAGCGCGUUGGUGGAGAAGGAGGAGGAUGAAGAACUUGCUUUUGAAAUUUGCUCCAUGAGCCUGCCUUUCUGUCAGGGCGUCAUACCGCCCAGUCUGGAUCUGAGCCGAGAGACUGAUUGGGCUGGCGUCGAAGGCUUGUGGCGGAUCUCUUAUUGUUUCAUGGAUCACCGGGAAUUAUUAAUUUACAAUGAUCCCAAUUUGCCAGAGGACGAGCCACUUGAUCACACUAUAUUCGAAGAUGGAGAGUUAGAGGAGACGUUCAGCGCGGUAGACAUAUUUUUCCGUGUGAUCAAUGUGGAGCGAGACCCGGAUCAUCCGACCCGACCAAAAAUCAACUACGUAGGAGAGAUGGAUGGCAAUUUCUCCAUCGUUGGCUACGUCAAACUCACGCCUGACCACCAGGUACGGUGGCACUUCGUCGCUGGUAACGGAGAUCAGCCAGUGUGGUGGGGGGAAGCGAUUGUUAUGGGCAACAUCCGUUCUCAAUAUGGAGUUCUUGGGGCUUGGUCUACGACCUUGCAUGACCCACAGGAUCCCAUCGGUCCAUUCUGGAUGCAGUGCCAGCAUCCUAUCGAAGACUGACCUCUAUUGUUCUCGCCUCCGACCAUCUAACGCCUUUGAUGACCGUAAUGUCAUUCUGAACGACUGCUACGAACAAAACCAGUCACAAAAAAGUUGUACAUAGUA